AUGAAAGAACAACAGAAGGAGACAAAGACCAUAAGGAAUGUAGUAUAUAUUUUGUCUAGUCUCCUACCGAAGACUGAUACAAGAAAUUUUGCCACACCUAUUAACAAGCUUGGACAACUUGUUUCUAAAUUCAGAGAGCAGAUGAAGUCAUUAGAGGAUGAAGCUUAUAUCAAUGUGGGGAAUAAUUACAAGAAGAAGAGGAUAGAGAACUUGAUGUCUGAAAUUGAUAAAGGUAAAGUGGCUCUUACUAUUAAUAAGGAUUAUUUGAAGAAAGCACUGGAAACCAGAGUAGUUGCAGUGUUGUUACAAAAAGAUAAUGAGGGAUAUGAACAUCCCAUAGCCUUUUAUAGAAAGUCUUUGCAAGAAGCAGAAUUGAAGUAUGAAACCAUGGAGAAGCAGGCUUAUGCUUUAGUUAAAGCUGUCAAAACUUUCAGGCCAUACCUUGUAAAUGCAAAAAUCACUACUUAUGUCCCACAUGCUGCAGUCAAGGAUACUUUAUCCCAAUAUGAGGUUAUAGGAAAAAGGUGCAGAUAG